CGGAGGAAAGCUGGAGAUGGAGGGGUGGAGAGGAGAGAAAAAAGAGAGGGGUUAAUAACACACAGAGGGAGAGAGAGAGACUCUCGAGCGGAGAGACAGAGGACAAAAACGUGACUAGGCAGCCUAAGAGCUGUUAUGCAACCGCUGACCUACUAACACAUAUUUCUAGAAAGGGAGCCGGAGAAACUGGAGCAAAGUGUCCGGCAGCACACAGCACACAGGCAGCCCGAGCCAAAAGACCCAAACAGCAUCCACCACCCGACCCACUGACUCAACCACAACUGACCGGAGCACCGACAGGAAAAGGAGACGAAAGUUUUUUUUUUUUUCGUUUUUUGGGGAGGUUUCUUCUAAAGGGACAAGGAAAGGAGGAAACGGGAGCGAGACAGCUUUUGUGUCGGGGAAGCCUGAAUCUUUUCCCCCUCCUCCAGGACAUGGAAAGGUAGUGGUUAGCAAACAGCAGCGCUGAAGCAAGAUCCUCAGGGAGCCCCGAAGUAGACGGACUGACCUACAUCCUGUGUGAGACACUGAGAGAAGCAGGGCAGCAGCCUGACAGGCAUCACAGCUCUGCUGAAGAUUGAGGAAGACGCUGAUAAACUCAAAAUCACCUCCUGCGAGAUUCCAGAAACUGCUCGGAACGAUUUGCCAAGACAACUGGAAGACUCUUCGCACAAAACAUAAACUUGUUUCUUUUUUUUUAGUUUCUUUGUUCACAACACUAGUUCAAUGUCUGAGGCUUUAGUGGAGUUCCACCUCUUUUUAAUCUUCCUGGCUAAUUUGGACACUUGAACUUUUUGAUCUUGAAAAAUACGUAACAGAAAUCAAUGAGGCUAUCCCUUCAAGGAGCACAAAUACCUCAUCCAGAAAUUUUUGCCGAUCCUGCGACAUAGGUCACACUCCUUAGUAACAAAGCAGAAGGCUCAUAUAGAUUUACAUCUUUUCCCUUCCCCCCUUUGCCCUUUGCCCUUUGCUAGAGUCACACUCUGGCCCCCAGCUAGGAAAAAAUGGAAAGUCUCAGUCUACACUUCCCAUCCACCAGCAACAAGAAUGCCAUGGAGGUAGACACUUUUUCUUCCUACAGCGGGAGCCUCCCAUCCCCUGGUCCUGAGUCUGGAGCGCGAAUCAGCCGCCAGGCUAAAGGUAGCAAGCCUACUGUGACUUCCCGUCGCAAGCGCGAGUUCAUUUCUGAUGAGAAGAAAGAUGCUUCCUAUUGGGAAAAACGGAGGAAGAACAACGAAGCAGCCAAGCGCUCAAGGGAGAAGCGUCGCCUCAAUGACAUGGUUCUGGAGAACCGGGUCAUGGCCCUGAAUGAGGAGAACGUUCGUCUGAAGACAGAACUCCUUCAGCUCAAGUUGCGCUUUGGCCUCAUUAGCACAGCCUCCUACAUGGAGAAAAGUCAGCAGAUCUCCAACAGUGCUGCCGGUGGCAACAGUGGUAGCAAUGGGAGCAGCACCAGCGGCACCCCGAACAGUAACGCCUACCUCUCAAGCAGCGGAUACUCCAGUGCGUCCCAGGUGAUGCUGAAUUCUGACUCAUCUGAAACUGAACAAUCGAGUCGCGGUGAGCGCCACACCACGCUCCACAAGUACUCUCCCCGGGGCUCCGUCUCUGACAUGUCUGACGGCUCCUCCAGAGACAGCCCAGAACCCAUGGGCUACAACAUCAAGAAGGAGCCCUCAAGUGUGGAGAUGGCCAGGCUGGAAAACAGUGGGAUUCCCGAUGGCAUCGCUAAUGGGAUACCAAAUGGAAUGCCAACUGGGGCUUACCAUGGCAACCACACUGCUCUGGUUUCUCCUCACCAGCAGAGCACCCCAUUGGCUGAGAGUGCCACAGACUACCAGCACCACCAACAGCAGCAGCAGCAACAGUGCCACAUGGAGGUGUCCAGCUCCGCUCCUCAGGCCACCUCUGCACAGCGGAGCGUCAUCUUGUACCGCUCUAGCAGUGGCUGUUACCCCAUGGAGAGCCAGAGGUCGGAAGACCAGCAGUCCCAGCAAAGCAGGCAGCUGCAGCAUGGCCAGCACACCUCGACCUCCAAGUUCUCUGACUGCUCAGUGACCAUCACAGAGGUCGCUGAGAAGCUCGAGAGGACGAAGACCUUGGACUCGCCUCAGUAUGAAUACACCAAUGGUCAUGCUGAGUCAGCAGAGGAGCUGCAGCAAAAGUACAGUCCCAACAUCCAACAGCAAUGUGACAGCCAUCAUCAUUACAGCUACCAGGGUCAGGAGAACAGUCUUCAGCACCCAGAAAGCAACCAGAACCCCUUUGCCCCUGAUCUGAUCCACAACACUGAGGAGAGCAAAUCCUCCUUCACACAGCACAACGGCUACCUCAACACACUGGACGAAGAGCCCCCGGUGCUCACCUACGAGGGAGGCCCCAGAGCUGAUGGUUUCUACCAAGAGAACUCCUCCGCUAAAGACACCUCCUCCAGUGAUGGGGACCCUCGUAGCUCUGACAAGGAGGGCUCCACAGAUGACGAGUCCCCCUCCUCGUCCUCCUCAGACAUCAGCAGCUACCACCAGAAGGCGACGGGAGCUUCCGGUUCACACGGAGAGUGCCAAGCCGAGGUCAAAGCCACUGCUCUGCCUCACAAGCUUCGCCUCAAGUACAGAGCACUGUCCAACGGGGCAGCAGGAGCACAGGCAGAGGGGCCGGUGAGCACCUCCAUGUCCCCCUCUCCCACCUUGCCCCAGCACCCUUACUUAGCUCUGCCCAGCAACCCUCACAGUGGCCAGGCCCACGGGGAGAGCAAAGAGUCUGAGAACGAGACUGAGUACACAGAAGAAGUCAAGCCUCAGAUGAAUGAGAGGGCGGAGGCUAAAAAGGAGGGAGGGAAAAAGGGAUCCAGCAGCGGGAGGGGUGGGCGUAAUAAGAGGCGAGAUUAAGGACAUAUAGGAGCAGCUCAAGCAUUUUCCUAUCACCUCUUUGUUGUCUAUAGCAGACAGACAACUACAAAUAUGACUCACAUCGCCACAUUACGAGACAGAAAAGAAGUCAGUGAUCUGUGUGAGGUGUGGUUAGGAUGUGGUUUCACCAUCAAGUUUCACUGUGUCACCUGUUCCCCUUCCCUUUACUCUCUCCUACCUCCCGCCUAUCCCUCCAAUUAAAAUAAGAGAUCACUUAACGAGGGAGGGGACAGAAUGAAACUCUCCAGAGCUGGAGUCUGGGAUAUUUCCCUUGUGGAAAACUCUCACAUUAUUCAAUUAUUCAUUCUUGUAAACUGCCUUGGUGGCUGGCCAGCGUUUAUUGUGGCAUUAUGGGAACAUUCCUUUGACCAAAGAUACACAUCCUUCCUUUAGCAUCUCCCCUUUUGGCAAAGAGUUACAUUCUUCCUCCCUCUGAACACACCUGUACCAUUUGAUCCUCCACCUUCUUAUCAUCUGCACACAAGUUCUCUUCACUUCUGAAGCACUUAGAUUGUAUAUUACUGUGACAUAUAAAUUUGCAUAUAUGGAAUAUAUAUUUUAAGAAGAAAAAUGUGGCAAAAACAACAAAAAAUAAAGCAGUGGGAUGCGGAAGUUGUAGACUUAAAAAGUGAGCAGUUUGUCCUUGUUGAGACACCUUGUACAGUCCUUCUUUGUCUAGAAAAUGCCUCAAAGAUGUUCUUUUAACUGAAAAGAACGUUCCAGUUUUGAGCCACAACUUGUAAAACAAAAACAAAAAAGAAAAAAAAAAAGAAAAAAAAACAGAAAGGUACACUUUUAAGACUCAGCCCGGGUUCCUCGUUCAGGUGAUCUAAGCUCUUUGACACUCAAAGUUGUCAAAACAGUCAAGGCCAGUUAUUCUCAUAUCAAUCAAGGCUAUGCAGUCACACAUUGCUGUUGGCAAAACCUGACAAGCACAAGGCGAGCCUCGUUUGCCAGCCGUACAACAAAAAUCAAUACAUCUUCAUUUUCCAGACAAAAAUUGUCUAAUAAAUGAAAUCGCUCUCCAGUCGCAACCAGCACAGCUGCUCUCUCUUCAUAAGGUGCCUCUUUAUUGUGUUGUCCCUCGUCCCCACAUUGGCCAAUGUCUUAAGGAUCCCACUCACCUCCGCACUGAGUUGUUUUAGCUACAGUUGCUGCAGUAGAUCAUACAGUCUGUACAAGUAUAACUGUUUCACUUCCUGGUGCCUGCCUCUGGUCACUAUGUAUAAAUGUAAAGUUGUCUCUCUAUCUCUUGUAUACUGCUGUCAUUAUUUUAUUAUUAUUUUAUUAAUAUUGUUAUUUUCUAUUAUAUUCUGUUAUUAUUUUGGCUAUUAUUAUGUGUAUUUUUCUGUCAUCCUGUUGUGUCAUUUUGCUCUAUGCUCUUCCUGGUUGUGCUGUGUAUUUACCCUUGCUGCCCUUUGCCCCAGUUACCAUUUGUACUACGUGUUACUGUAUAACCUUUGUUGUUUGCCGAAAGGCUUUCCGAAAAUGGAAAAAAAAAAAUUGAAUAAGGCUUGUCCAGAAGUGAUUAUGUAUUGCUAUACUUCACGUGGAUAUGCAAAAUGGUUACAAAAAAACACUCAUUUUGGAUUGUGAAAGAUUCAAAAUGGGGAAAAAAUUAAAGGUCGUUGAAUUUA